CACUUAUUUAUGAUACUGACAUCAAAUGUCACCUUUUGCCAAUGUUUGGUUAUGUUUCUGUGUUCAGUGCAUUAAAACAAUCAAUAAACAUUUAUUAUCGGCAAACAAUUAUCAUGUUUGCGACGCCUAAUUAUCACUAAUACACCAUACACAGUUCGGGUUCAGGUCGCCAACAUGUUUUACGUGUUACUGGUCGCGUCUAGUUUCUUGGCCUGCGGCUUGGCCCAGAAAUCGCCCCUUUACAUGCAGCCCCAGCAGGUGCACAUCGCUUUCGGCGACAACAUUCAUCAAAUUGUGGUCACCUGGUCGACCUACAAUCCCACAGACGAUUCCAUUGUGGAGUAUGGAAUAGGGGGCCUUAUAAACACUGCCACUGGUCAGUCGAGGUUGUUUGUAGACGGGGGCCCUGAGAAGCAUUCCCAGUAUAUACAUCGAGUGGUUUUAAGCGACCUGGCGCCGGAUAGUCGAUAUGAGUAUCAUUGCGGUGGAUCAGAUGGUUGGUCCGACCUGUUCUGGUUCAAAACGCUUCCAUCUGGGGACGAUUGGUCCCCCCAUUUGGUGAUCUACGGAGAUAUGGGCAACGAUAACGCCCAAUCGCUCACGAGACUGCAGGAGGAGACUCAAAGGGGGCUGUACGAUGCUGUGCUGCACAUUGGGGACUUCGCCUAUGAUAUGGAUUCGGAUAACGGCUACGUGGGCGAUGAAUUUAUGCGGCAAAUCGAGCCAAUCGCCGCCUAUCUCCCCUACAUGACCUGUCCAGGCAACCACGAAGAAGCCUACAACUUCAGCAACUACAAAGCGAGAUUUAGCAUGCCCGGCGCCCCAGACUCUGUGAUGUACAGCUUCGAUAUCGGCCCCAUGCAUAUCAUCUCAAUUUCCACCGAGCUCUACUACUUUCUCAACUUCGGACUCAAAAGCCUGGUGUUCCAGUUCGAGUGGCUGAAGAACGACCUAAUCCAGGCCAACUUGCCGGAGAACCGGGAGAAACACCCGUGGAUCGUUGUGGUUGGGCACCGGCCGAUGUACUGCAGCAACCUGAACCCUGACGACUGCACCCAUCACGAAACGCUCACCAGAGUGGGGCUGCCGUUUCUUCACAUGUUUGGCUUGGAGAAUCUUCUUUGCAAUUAUGGGGUGGAUUUGGAGAUUUGGGCCCACGAGCACAGCUAUGAAAGACUGUGGCCGAUCUACGACUACAAGGUUUACAACGGCAGCUACGAGGCGCCUUACACGAAUCCUAAGGCCCCCGUGCAUUUUGUGACUGGAUCGGCCGGCUGCGUUGAGGGCAGGGAAAACUUCACAACCACCAGACCCUACUGGUCGGCUUUUAUUAGUCGCGAUUAUGGCUACACUCGGCUGAGGGCUUUCAAUAGGACGCAUCUCUACUGGGAACAGGUGUCUGAUGAUAAAGCCGGAGAAAUAAUCGACUCUGUGUGGUUGAUCAAAGACUCUCAUGGACUCUACCCGCAUUCGAAAAUGGACUGGGAGAGCAUCGAGCAGAUGCGCUUGAAAACAUUCAACAAUGUUUAGUGUAUUAUUAGGUAAUUGUGAUAGAUUCGGCCACCUGUAGGAUUUGGGUGUUUAUCAACAUGUAAAUAAAUAAAGCUUUAUUAAUAACAUAAAAUAAA